AUGCCCCAAAGCCAUGGGACAAGGCUGUCCCACCCCUCCAGAACCAGAAUAAAAGCCAGCCCAGAGCCUCUCUCCCUCACACACUCCUCCUCAAGCCUUCUCCUCCUGCUCCUGCCUACAACCAGCCCGGCCUCACCCUCCUCUCUUCCAGGCACCCUCCACACCACACCCAUGGCCUGCUACAAUCGCUGCAGUCCCUGCGGACCCACCCCGCUGGCCAACAGCUGCAACGAGCCCUGUGCCCUGCAAUGCCAGGAUUCCCGCGUCAUCAUCAACCCUUCCCCUGUGAUGGUCACCCUGCCAGGACCCAUCAUGACCUCCUUCCCCCAGAGCACCGCCGUCGGAUCCACCUCCUCCGCUGCUCUGGGCACUGAGCUCAAUGCCCAGGGACAGUCCAUCUCUGGCGGAUUUGGCUUUGGCCUUGGCUAUGGCCUGGGAGGUCUGGGCUGCUAUGGCAGAAGGGGCUAUGGCUCCAUCUCCUAA